AGGCUUGUUUACGGCGGCCUUUGUAACUCUUCCGCUCGUUGACAAAAUAGAUCAAUGUAGCAAGACAAUAUUUAUCCUUGCUGCCCAACUUUCCACUCAGAUACCUUCAAAUCUAGAUCUGCAGCCCCAAGCUGUUUAAUCAACAACACACAUGGACGGCAGAAUGGAUAACGAGACUGUGAUUCUGGCGCCCAUGCAAAGAAACUAUAGUCAAGCACCACAAGAGCAUGUGUCAGCCUUUUGGGACUCUUUCUUCACCAAGAAGCCGGGUAAGGUAACAUCGAUCUUCCCGCGGAGUCUCUACCAGAGCCUGCUGCCCCUGGAGAAAGUCAGCCUCUCAAGUUCUAGUCAAAAUGCUGCCGAGUCCUACGAGGCCGCCGCCCGCGAGUGCCGCGAGCGCGUCAAGCGCAUCGUGCGCGAGGCUCACCGCACCAACGAAAAGUUCACCGACCCAGACUUUGAUCUGGCCAUGGACUAUUGCCGCAACACCCUCGAUGGGCUACGCAGCAAGAGCGACUUCAACACGGGCUCGGUCCACCGGGUUGACUGGAUCUUUGAGAACCCGCAGUUCACCAUCAACGGCUACGAGGCCUCCGACAUCGUCCAGGGCGCCAUCGGCGACUGCUGGUGGCUCGCGGGCACCGCGACCAUAGCGCACCGCAAGGAUCUCAUGGAGCGCGUGUGUGUUGCCCGGGAUGAAGAAGUCGGGGUUUACGGCUUCGUCUUCUAUCGCGACGGAGAGUGGGAGCCCGUACUGGUCGACGACAGCCUAUACCUCGCCGCUUUUGAUUUUCGUGAGGUUCACGACCCAACAGGCAAGAAAGCACGCGAGUGGCGUCGCAACCACCAAACUGGAUCCAAUGCGCUCUUCUUCUCCAAAUGCCAAGAUCCAAAUGAAACCUGGCUCCCUCUAAUGGAAAAGGCAUAUGCCAAGAUCCACGGCGACUAUCACGCUAUCGAAUCCGGGUGGGCUGGACAGGCUGUGGAGGAUAUGACUGGUGGUGUAACCGCCAAUCUUGCCACCAAUUGUGUUCUGAACAAGGACAAGCUGUGGCGUGAACUGUCGAGCAAGGAUGGAGAAUUCGUAUUUGCAUUAGGUUCCCGACAGGACGAUAGCGAUGGCUUAUUCGGUAGCCAUGCAUACUCCAUCCUCCAAGCCACAGAGGUGAGCGGUGAGAACGGCCAGAAAGUGAGGCUCGUGCAGGUUAGAAACCCCUGGGGCGAUAGCGAGUGGAAUGGCCCAUGGUCAGAUGGCUCGAAAGAGUGGACUCCAUACUGGAUGAAGAAACUUGGCCAUACUUUUGGCGAUGAUGGUGUCUUUUGGAUAUCAUAUCGCGAUAUGCUUGAAAAGUUCGAAGAUAUUUCUCGAACUCGACUCUUCGACAGGAGUUGGACCGUGGUCCAACAGUGGGCUACGAUGAAUAUUUCUUGGGUCACUGGCUACUCACAGUCCAAGUUCUUGCUCGAGAUCAAACAAGGAGGCUUGGUAGUCAUCACCUUGGCCCAACUGGAUGAUCGGUAUUUCAGAGGGUUGGAAGGCCAGUACGACUUUUCGCUGCAUUUCGUGCUCCAGGAACAAGGAGCCAAGUCUGGAGACCACAUUUGCCGCGUGCGCGCUGGUAUACAUAACGGCAAGCGAUCAGUUUCUUGCGAAGUGGAGCUCGAGGCAGGCCGCUACGAGGUCAUCCCAAAGAUCACGGCCACUCGCGAUACCAACAAGGACAUGGUGGAAGACAUUGUCAAGGAGCGCGCUCAGAGCAACCCGCAGAAGCUACGCCAGAUCGGGAUGCAAUAUGAUCUGGCUCAUGCAAAGGCUGGUAUUACCGACGAAGACCUCGUGCUUCACACCAAAGUGGAGAAGAAGAAACUAGAGGAGGAAAAGAGGAAGACCAAGGAGAAGGAGGCGAAAGAAAAGAGAAGGACCAAGGAGAAAGAGGCGAGGGAACAGAGAAGGAAGCAGAAGUUGUCUCUCAAACAGCAAGCACCUGAAGCGAAGCAAACAGAGCAGCAGACUGGACCGGGUUCGGUAGCAGACCAUGUUGAGGAGGACCAAAAGCAAGCUGACGUCAAGGACAUCAAAGAGGAGAGCGAAAAUGAUCCCAAGGCUGAUGAGGGGAAGACCGUCGAAAAUGAGAAUGUCAAAGACGAGGAUGGAGAAAAGAAGACCGAGAUUGACAGUGCCCCAGUGAAAACUGAACCUGUAGCAGACAAGGCGCCAGACGAAUCGAAGCCGGUCAAGUGCAAAGCUUGCGAGGAGCGGGAGCAAAAGGGGGAGGAGGAAAAGAAAGAUAAAGAAGUCGACAGCGCCGACGACGGCAACAGUGAUGACAGUGAUGAGGAUUAUACCGAUGACGAUGAUGACACCAGCAGCGAAUCCUCGGAUGACCUUCACGAUCACCCUGGACCAUGGAAUGCGGUCUGUGUUGUCGGCCUCCGGGUUCACUCGCGGUGUAAAAAUGUGUCUGUCAAGCUUGUAGAGCCCAAAGACCCCGAGGAGGGAGCCUUGCUUUCGGUGGAUUCGGCCCCAGCUGGCGCAACAAUGUGAUGUUGAGAAAGUUUGCAAAUAGUGACAUAAUGACCGCUUUGACCAAGGCAGGUAGCUCAGGCCGAUAAGGUAGAUACCUAGGUAGCAAUACGGAAUUGGGUAAUACCGAAAAUGGCGAGCCACAUAUUGUGUACAGCAGUAGAGAACUCUCAAUUCCGGCAGCGUCUGUGUUAAUUUUGAAUCUCGCAAACAAGCCCCAAAUUC